AUGAAGUUUCGUUCGACUCUUCCAGUGAUGGAGGCCUUUAAGAUCCUCUUAGUGCUUCAAGCUGUAGCCUUCUGUCAAGGUAAACUGUACAUACACACAGCCUCAGAGCCAUGUUCCUGGGCUGUGGCGUCUGCAGAAGAAAAUCUUAGCUUGCCCAUCUUUACAGACCAGUCUCUGUAUAACCUUGCUGCGCAGAUCUGUCAGGCUUCGGGGUGUGGAGAGGUCUACGAGCUACAUAAGAGUAGUGCACCCAGCAAUGCAAGCUGUCUUACCAACUGCAUCUACCACAACAAAGAACUGAUCAACUGCAGCCAGACUUUAGAAAAAAACUGUAGCAUUCUGUCUGAGGUUGUGUGUGGUAACCACCAGGUCCGAUUAGUUGGAGGAGGUUACCAUCACUGUGCUGGGCGGGUGGAGCUGUGGCAUGCUGGACAGUGGGGCACAGUGUGUGAUGACGAGUGGGAUAAACAGGAUGCAGACGUGAUGUGUGCACAGCAUGGCUGUGGAUAUGCUCUGUCAGUUACGGGACAGGAAGGUCCUUAUAGCCAUGGGAAGGGCCCCAUUCUAAUGGAUGAGCUCAACUGUACAGGGACUGAGAGGAGUUUGUGGGAAUGCCCUGCACUCCCAGCCAGUGACUGUGGACACAAAGAGGAUGCAGGAGUUGUGUGCUCAGAGUACAAGGAUCUAAGACUCACUGGUGGGCUGGACCGUUGCUCGGGCCGAGUGGAAAUCCAUCGGAAUGGAUCAUGGGGAACAGUGUGUGAUACCUGCUGGGAUAAGGAAGAAGCAACUAUGGCCUGCAAGAUGUUGGGCUGUGGGGGUGUAAAACAAUUCAAGUACUUUCAGCCAAAAUUCAUGCACACAAAUGAAACACGUUGGUAUUUUCAGUGUGGAAAGGAGCACAACAUCCUGUGGGAUUGUAAAGAAUAUUCUGGAAUCAAAUUCAUUUUGUGCAAGGAUACAGCUGCUGCAGGACUGAUUUGUAACGGCUCUCUUGGACUGCCUUUGUCUACCAGUCCAAACCCAAGUCCAGCCAUGGAAACUACACAAAUGACUCCAACAGUACAUGAGUUCAUGUCUCUGGAAUUACUGGCCUGUAUUUUACUCUCCGGCGCUCUUUUGAUUGCAAUUGUUGUGAAUAUCAUCCUGUGCUGCUCUGCAAAAAAAAGAAAAGGUCACACAGUUGAGCAGCAAUUUACCAAUCUCCAAAACACCCCACAGGUGGAAGAUAACACAUACAGAGAUUCAGUGCACCUUGUUAAACUAACCAACAGUGAGAACAACCACAACACCCAGAUUAUGCCACCACCAAUGUGGACUCAGAGUAGUGUUGAGAGUGACACAGACUAUGAACCAAGUGAGUGCUCCCAAAGUGGACCCUUUCCCCUCUCCACCUUCCGCAAUUCUAUGCGAUACAUGCCUGAUAGACAAACGUCACCUAGGAAUGAAACACGCCUGCAGAUUCUGACUGAGGAGGUGGAUUCAUUUGAGUCAUCCAGCACUUCUUCUGGGGAAAUUUAUGAAAAUACAGGCCAAAAUGUUGCAGGUCUCCUGAAUGAUUACACAAAUACCGGAGAGGAUAGAAGUGACCUGCAAUGUGGAGGGAUGAAUAUGGAAUCGAGUGAUGGAGAAGAUCCUAUUUACUCUCCUGUGACUGCUGAAACGGAGUCUUACAAUUUUGACAAUGACGACUAUGAUGACGUUGCUCACUUGACACAGACACCAAUGAUGUGACCCAGAUCUACAGCUUUCCUUUUUUAUAUUCAAUCCUGAAUUAGUUAGUAAAUAACUGACAACCUGAGAAGAUGCUGAUACACUUUUUAAACUCAUUUUUUACUUCUGUUUUAUUAAUGUGUUUAAACCUUCA